CAACAUUCUGUAGUUAAUUGUUAAUACUAUUAUCUGUUAUCAGUGUUAUCUACCAUUAUCAGCUAUAAUAAAAGCUUAAAAUAAAACUUGAAUCGCUUGCAUGUUGCAGUUGUUGCGUUAUUUAUAAAUUAUAAUCCUGAUACCUAGCCACCCGGGCACAACGAAUUCCAACAAGUGAAGCAAACAAUUCAGUGUUUCAAAAUGGCUCAUCACUUUAAGGAAGAGGAUAUUGAUGGUAAGUCAAUGAUUAGCUAUAUAUUUUAACACCAUUAUUUAAUCCUUGUUUAUUACUACCCCUGUACAUAUUAUUAUGUAUGGUGUAUUUAAUACUUUUUUCUUGUUUUGUAGAAUUCAGAGAAUGUUUCUAUCUAUUUGCUAGAGAAGGAACAAUUAAUAAAUUAGACGAACUUAGCCUAAUUAUGCGAUCUCUAGGAAUGAGCCCAACAAUAACUGAAUUGAAGAAAUACUUCUCAGAAAAUAGUAAGGCUAAUUAACAAAUUAAUAUAAAUAUAAUAUUUAUUUAAUCACAAAAUAAAAAUUGAAAAUCUAUGAUAGUUAUGAACACAAUAUAGCUCUUAUUUUAUAGGUACACUUUGUGUUUUAUAAUUGUAAUAAUUAAAAUCAAACUGACAUACUUUGAAUGACAGGUAGGCCACCAUUGUGGGUAGGAAGUUUGAAAGGUGGAGGGGAAGUUUAAUGCAUAUUUGUACGCAAUGAUUAAUCAUUGAUAAUGAAAAAACGAUUCUGAGCGAAGUUCAGUUAUACAUAUUUUGAAAAUAUUUUGACCGUAAUAUUUAUGAUUUGAAAAAAUACAUUUCAUGCAUUAACCAUUUAUUAUGAAAACACAUAAAAAAAUCAAAAAAUUACCUAUCUAAAGUAUCAUCCUACUAAAAUUUCUUAUAGAAAAGUUGUUCACAAAAAAAAAAAAAAUAUUAAACAUCUUUGUAAAACCAAUACAUAUUCAUAUUUUUAAAUAUUGAUUUGAUUAUGGCAUAAAUAUUGUAGAUAGAUACAUAGAUCAAAGAAAAGAUUAGUUCAAUUACAACGAUUAAGAAAAUGAUACUACUUUGAUUAUUCUAUCAUUAUUUUUUAGAUGGACAAUUACAUUUCCCAGAAUUUCUAAAAGUAAUGCACAAUCAUUGUCGUAUAGAAAAAUUACCAAAUGAAAUUUUAGAAGCGUUUAAAGCCAGCGAUUAUCAACAUACGGGUACAAUUCAUAGUAGACAUCUUAAACAUUUGUUGCAAGGAUGGGGAGAACGUUUAAACAGCAAAGAAAGUAUAUUAUUGAUAAUACUAAAGUAAUUUUUAAACUAAAUUGAUUUAAUUUUCAGUUGAACAAAUUUUUCGAGAAGCCAAUGUUCAUCCAAAUGGUAGAGUUAAUUAUGAUGAAUUUGUGAAAAUUGCAUGUGCUCCGAUUCCUGAUUAUUACUAAUCUUUAAAUUUAUAAACAAAUAUCAUGCUGUGUAUGUGUUAAACAAAAAAACAAAAUAUUCCCUUCAAAUCAUAUUAAUAGUUUUAAUUAUAUUAUAAACUGUAAAUUAGUUAUGGUGUUAUGAUAAUAAUAUAAGUUUUUUUUUUUUAAGUUAGAUAAGCAUUUAAGAAUGAUAACUGAUAAUGUUCAUUUAAUCUUCUAUUAUAUAAUUUAUUUAUUUAUGAAUAUUAUUUUACACCUAUAGUUAUGACUAAAAUUAUUAAACUACUUCUUUUU